AAGAAUAAUAAUUAUAAAUAAAUUUUAUAUAACUUUUUAUUUAUUGUUAUUAUAUUUUUGAUUUGAUUAUUGAUAUUUUUAUUAUAUAAAUUAUACUUUUAUAUACUUUUAUAUUAUAUUAUAUUAUAUAAAUUAUAUUUUUUUUAUAAAAAUAAAAGAAAUACAAAAAUAAAUUCUUAUUAAUGAAUAUUUAUUAAAAAAUAUUAGAUAAAAUAUAAUAGAUAAAACAUAAAUAUUAAAUAAAUACAUUAUAAUUAUUUAAUAAAAUAUAUUAAAAAAUCUUGAUAAUUAAAACAAAUAUUUUGCAUUAAAAAGUUUUUCAACGAUUAAAUUAAAUUCAAAUUUUCAUUGAAAAUUUGACCAAUUUUUAUUUCAUUUAUAAAUAAAUAGGUUAGAAUCACAUAUUAUAAUCAAAAUCAUAACUUUUAAGUUUUGUUUGUGAAUUUUUUUCUGAUCACGUGCAUAAAAUUUUUUUAUAUAAAUAAUUAAUUAUUUUUAUAUGAAUUUAAAAGUUUUUUUUUAUUUUCUAAUAUGAAUAAUAUUAAAAUUAAUACGAUUUUAUUAAUGCAAAUAUAAUUUAUAUAAAUUCUUAUACUGUUAUCGUUUUAAGAAAUAUCUAAAUAAUAAUUAUUCAAACAUGAAUAAAAGAAAAUUUGAAGAGGAAAAUGAAAAUAAACAAAAUAAUGGAAAUUCUUCAACAGAAACAAUAAAAGUUAAACGGAUUUUAUCACGUUUUAAAUCAGAUAAGGGUGAAAUAUUACCUGGUGGUUUAUUAGACUUACCUAUAAAUAUUACAGUUGAUAAAUUACAAACAAUUUGUAAUACACUUUUACAAAAUGAAGAACCUAUACCUUUUGCUUUUUAUGUAAAUAAUAUUGAGAUCACAGAUAGUUUGGAAAAUAAUAUCAAAGAAAAUUUUAGUGUUAGUGAGGAUAUAAUUGAAGUUAUAUAUCAACCACAAGCAAUUUUUAAAGUGAAAGCAAUUACACGAUGUACUGGAUCUUUAGAAGGACAUAAAGAGGCAGUAAUAUCAGUUGCUUUUUCACCUAAUGGAACAUGUUUAGCUAGUGGUUCUGGAGAUACAACAGUUAGAUUUUGGGAUAUAUAUACACAAACUCCAUAUUAUACAUGUGAAGGACAUAAACAUUGGGUAUUAUGUAUAUCAUGGUCUCCAUGUGGAACUAAACUAGCAUCUGCAUGUAAAAAUGGUACCAUAUUAUUAUGGAAUCCAAAAACAGGAAAACAGAUAGGAAAAGCUAUGUUAGGUCACAAAAUGUGGAUUACUUCUCUAUGUUGGGAACCAUAUCACAAAAAUUCCGAAUGCCAGUAUUUAGUUAGUGCUUCAAAAGAUUGUGAUUUAAGAAUAUGGGACACAAUACGUUCACAAACAGUUCGUAUUCUUUCUGGUCAUACAAAAAGUGUAACAUGUGUUAAAUGGGGUGGAAAUGAUCUUAUCUAUUCUGCUUCACAAGAUAGAACUAUAAAAGUGUGGAGAGCUGAAGAUGGAAUUUUAUGUAGAACUUUAGAAGGUCAUGCACAUUGGGUGAAUACUUUAGCAUUAAAUGUCGACUAUGUACUCAGAACUGGUCCUUUUCAUUUUGGAACAGAGCAAAAUAAAACUGAAACUCGUGUAGAAUAUGCAAAAAAAUGUUAUGAAUCUGUAGGCGAAGAAAUACUUGUUUCUGGUUCUGAUGAUUUUACAUUAUAUCUAUGGAGACCAGAAAAGGAAAAAAAAUUCAUUGCAAGAUUGACAGGACAUCAGCAAUUGAUUAACGAUGUAAAAUUCUCGCCAAAUGGUCGUAUAAUUGCAUCUGCUUCAUUUGAUAAAUCAAUAAAAUUAUGGGAAUCAAAUACAGGAAAAUAUAUAACUUCAUUAAGAGGCCAUGUACAAGCUGUAUAUUCAAUUUCAUGGAGUGCAGAUUCUCGUUUACUUGUUAGUGGCAGUGCAGAUUCUACUUUAAAAGUAUGGAGUUUAAAAACGAAAAAACUUUGUCAAGAUUUACCUGGUCAUGCAGACGAAAUUUAUGCAGUGGAUUGGUCUCCAGAUGGAUGCCGUGUCGUAUCAGGUGGAAAGGAUAAGAUUUUGCGACUUUGGCAGAAUUAAAUAAUGUGUAUAAAUUUUUUUUUAAUAAUUCUGAAGUUUUAUGCAAUUAACAAAUGAAAUUUUCACAAACAAAAUAUUUAUUCAAAAUAAAAUCUUAGAUUUAAUUAUUAUGUAAUUAUUAAGAAAUUGUUUGAAAUUUAAAUAUAAAUAGAUGAAUAAUUCUUAAAUCAAAAAUAAUUUUUUAAAAUAGGCAUUGAUAACGAAGGGGAUUUAUUUAUUAUUGUUAAAAUAAUAGCGCGAAUAAUAAUAAAUUAAAUUCUUUUAAAAAAUCUACAAUAGUUUUGUUCAGAAAAGUAGAAUAAAUUGAUUAUGGGUAUGUAAAUAACAAAAUGACCAUGCUCGGAUAAGUAAAAUAAGUUGUAUGAUUUAGAAAAAGAAAUCAAAUGGAAGAAUAUGAUAUCUAUAAUAUUUUAUAAAGAUUUCAUGAUGUUCGACGAUAUAUUAAAGAUUCCUAUCUUGCAACUUAUAUUUAAAUAUAACAAUAUAACAUGUAUAUUCAUAUAACAAAUAAAAUUAAACUUCAAUCCAUAUAAUUUUUAUGUUACUUGUAUUUUUGUUACAAGUGUAUUAUAAAAAUAUAUAUUGUUUUAAUAAAUAAUAUUUUUUAUAUUUU